UAGUGCUCCUCCUGCAGUGCCUAGAAGUCCACCGCCGAGCUUUUUGCCUAUAAUCCCACCAGCAGCACCUCCAAGCAAGGUCGAACCCAGGCCCCUUUCACCCUCCUGUCCGACGGGCACAGGAGCAUGCGCACCCUGGUAGUGUUGUUCCGGGUGAGGAGCGCCAUAGUAAGAUGCGCUUGCGCCUUGGGGAUUGUGUUGUUGCUGCUGCUGUGGAGGAUACGGAGAGUGACCACGGUCGUGCGACGGAUAGUUCACGGGUGCGCCUUGCCCGUAGUUUUGAUCACUUGGAUACCCGCCCUGCUGGUGAGGAGCGCCAUGUUGAGGCGGGUAGCCUUGUUGGCCGUAUGAAGGGGGAGGACCGGAAUAUUGAGGAUGGUGCUGUUGCUGGUCGUAGGAAGGCUAUCAAAUCCAGGUGGGUAAUAACCAUGUUGCUGGGGAGGCUGCCCGUACUGGCCUUGUGGGGGAGGGUGGUUGUAGUUGUGCUGACCUCCGUAUGGUUGUUGUACGGAUCAGACAUGGUGAUGAGAGUGAGAUAGUGAGUAAUUUGUCUUUGAUGGAUGAGAUCUUGCAAGUGCACAACAAGAAAAAUGAAAGAGCGAGGCGCAGGCAAGGUGG